GAACUCCAAACCCUUCAAUACGUGAAUAUGAAUUUCUCUACAGGAUAGACUGUCGACUGGCCCACUACCUUGCCAUCUUCAACCUCCUAACUCCAAUAUAUAAAAUGCCAAAGCCUUUGUAUGUGUCCCUCAAACUCUACAUCUCUUAGUUCUCACUCGGUUACUCCUCAAGCAUGUCUAGGGGCCUCUUGUCGUUACUUCUCCUAGCUUUCUUUGUCUUUUCAGCAUAUGCAGAUGUUUUUGAAAGCAUUGAUUGUGGAGCAUCCGAUUUUUACACCGACGAGAACUCGAUCGUAUGGACGGAUGACGCUCUCUUAAAUGGAGAGUCUGCAGUAGUGCAAUCUAGAAAUGGAGUAUCUCAUGUAAUGAGUACUCUUAGAGUGUUCAGAUCGAGAAAAAAGAAUUGUUACUCUGUCAAAGCUGAUAAGGGUGGAGAAGUUCUGAUCCGUGCUAGUUUCUUCUAUGGAAAUUAUGACAAGAAAUCUUCUCCUCCUACUUUUGAUUUACAAUUUGAUGGCAACUACUGGGUCACGGUCCAAACAUUACUUGACCAAAUUGUGGCUUAUGAAGUGGCUUAUAUUUUUAAGGGGGAUUAUUUAAGUGUCUGUCUUGCCCAAACACAUCCUAACCAGUUUCCUUUUAUAUCUGCCCUUGAGGUUAGGAGCCUGGGAUCCAAUACUUAUGGUGGAGUCGAUGCAAGUUAUGCCUUGCAUUCGGUAUUAAGGGUUUCUUAUGGUGCCAAUGAAACUGUCAGGUAUCCAUCUGACACUUAUGAUCGGAUUUGGUUUCCUGCAAUAGUUGGUGACGGAUUGGCAACAGUUAAAGGCGAUGCGAUUAUCAUUAACACUGAGAUUGAUGAUAAUCCUCCACAAGAAGUUUUGCAGGAUGCUAUUACCACCUCAAACACAACUGACAGGAUCCUUUUAGGUACCGGUCUUCCAGCUAAAGAAGUCCCCGUGUAUAUCAACAUGUACUUCUCCGAAGUGACUGAGCUCGAUUCAACCCAGAUAAGAUCCUUUCAAAUUUAUCUAGAUAACAAGCCCUUUUCAGAUCCUAUUCUCCCGAACUAUGGAGGAGUGAAUGAGAGGAUCAUUAGUAAUAUGACUGCUUCUGGGAAAACAUCUUUUUCUCUCGUCGCCACUGCUGAUUCUACGCUUCCUCCUCUUAUCAAUGCCAUGGAAGUAUUCUAUGUUAGUGGUCCACUAACAUAUGGAACUAAUAGCAAAGAUGUGGAUGGAUUGGGUGAGCUGCAAACUGCAUUCAGUACAUUACAGGACUGGGUUGGUGAUCCUUGCCUUCCAUCUCCAUACACAUGGGAUUGGGUCAAUUGUAGUAAUGAUGCUAUUCCUCGGAUAACAGCUUUGUAUCUUAAUGGCUAUGAUCUCUCAGGGUCACUUCCAGAUUUCAGUUCCAUGGAUGCUCUUGAAAUAUUAGAUUUGCAUAAUAAUAGCAUAGCUGGACCUAUUCCUGAUUUCCUUGGAGCCUUGCCGAACCUCAGACAAUUGAAUUUGGCAGAUAAUGCAUUCAGCGGACCGAUACCUACAUCGUUAUCAGAAAAUACCAAGUUGAAAUUAGUGGUAUCAGGAAAUCCAGCCUUGUGUGUCUCAGGAAAGUCAUGUCAGACAACUAGCACCGAUGGUACUGGGUCCCCGACGGCAGGUAGCAGUGGUAGCAAGAAGAAAAGCAAGCUUCCAGUAAUUCUUGGAUCCAUAAUCCCAAUAUUCAUAGUUUUCUGGAUUAUUGUGGGAGUUUUGGUUGUACACCACAACAAGAGAAAAAGAGCAGCCAUAGCUGCAGUAUCAGCAGGACAUGCUGGUGGUGGUGCCGAUGGGCCUAAUAGCAGACUGCCGUCACAAGCACUGAACAAGUCAAUGAUGGGGAAAAUUGGUGAAUCUGUGAUCAAUGAGAUCCAGAUGAACAUCCAGGAUGAGACAACUAGAGAUAUUACCGAUCAUUCACAUCCAAAUUCGGGACAGCCAGGCAACUAGUUAGGCUGGCCUAUAGGCUUAUAUUCACAUUGUUUCAUCUUUCCCCAAAGUCAACUAUUUGUCUCCAGCAUUCAAGUUGCUCCCUCCUUCAGCUGAUCAAUUCAAUUAAAGAAAUUAUGCAAA